AUGGAGAGAUGCUUACGAGUGUUUUUUCUGUCCUCCAUGUUUCACCUCAUUACAGGUGACAGUGUGAGACUGGUGGAUGGUGGUAGUCGCUGUGCUGGGAGAGUGGAGGUUCUUCAUGAUGGACAGUGGGGGACAGUGUGCAGCCAUGGCUGGGAUCUGACCGAUGCAGCAGUGGUGUGCAGAGAGCUGGGCUGUGGGGAGACUGUAAAGGCACCGAGAAAUGCUUAUUUUGGAGAAGGAUCAGGACCAAUCUGGAUGUCUUUAGUGGACUGUCGUGAGUCAGAUACCGCGCUCAAAAACUGUAAAUCAGAACAAUGGGGCAACAAUAACUGUGAUCACAGUGAAGAUGCUGGUGUCAUCUGUUCAGGCAGUGUGAGGCUGGUGAAUGGUGGUCGUCGCUGUGCUGGGAGAGUGGAGGUUUUUCAUGACGGAGAGUGGGGGACAGUGUGUGGUCAUGGUUGGGACAUGACUAAUGCUGCAGUGGUGUGUAGAGAGCUGGGCUGUGGGGACGCUGAAGAGUCACUGAUGAAUGCUCAUUUUGGCCCAGGGUCAGGACAAAUCUGGAUGGAUGAUGUGAAGUGUAACAAGUCAGAUACUACACUUAAAAACUGUAGGUUUGGAGGAUGGGGUAAACAUGACUGUGAUCACGGUGAAGAUGUUUCAGUCGUCUGUUCAGAUAGUGUGAGGCUGGUGGAUGGUGGUAGUCGCUGUGCUGGGAGAGUGCAGGUCCUUCAUGACGGACAGUGGGGGACAGUGUGCAGUAUUCACUGGCAUAAGACAGAUGUUGCAGUGGUGUGUAGAGAGCUGGGCUAUCGAAACGAGGGGGUAGACAUGGCCGUGCUUAUUGUCGGGAUGUUGGAGCCAUCUGCUCAGGCACUGUGA